CUCCCCAGACCUCCCCAGACCUCCCCAGACCUCCCCAGACCUCCCCAGAUCUCCCCAGACCUCCCCAGACCUCCCCAGAUCUCCCCAGAUCUCCCCAGAUCUCCCCAGACCUCCCCAGAUCUCCCCAGACCUCCCCAGAUCUCCCCAGAUCGCCCCGCCUCGCCUGCACGAUCUCCCCAGAUCUCCCCAGAUCCCCCCAGAUCGCCCCGCCUCGCCUGCACGAGCACCCUCGCGCCCGACUCGAGCUGUGAACAGGCGUCCCUCGGACUCCCCUUCUGCAUGCGCCCGCCGUCGCCGCCGCCGCCACCGCCGCCGCCGCCGUCGCCGCCGCCCUCGCCGCCCUCGCCGCCGCCGCCGCCGCCCCCAUCGCCGCCGCCGCCGCCGCCGCCAUCGCGCCCGCCGCCGUCGCCGCCGUCGCCGCCGCUGUCUCCUCCCCCCUCGGGCCUUGUGGCGGCGCUUCGCUCGGAGGCGCGCUGUGUGCUGUGCUACCGCUUCGCGCCUCUUCACACUUCUUCACAUACCUCCUCACACUCCUCCUCACUCCUCUUCACGCCUCCUCACUCCUCGGUUCACGCCUCUUCACACCCCAUGCACGCCUCUUCACGCCCUCGAGCUGUGAACACAGGCGGCCUCCCUCUUCUCGCGCCUCUUGCCGCCCUCCUCUCUCUCGAGGCGCCGAGCGGUUAG